AUGCUGAUUGGAAUCUGCAUCUGCUCGGGCAAGAAGACGGUGGCCCAGUAUCUGGUCGAGCACCAUGGCUUCAAGCAUCUCUAUCUCGCGCAAGCCAACCCAGCAGAGCCUCCGCCCGGCAACGAAGAGUCGAGCUCGCCCUCGCCACCGCCAGCGGCCUUCAACGGCGCCCUGACGUCGAGCGCCCUUGCCCCCUCCUCCCCCGUCGACUCCGACACCAAGAACCACGCGUCGACGGCGUCGCUGGCGCUGCACCCUCGGUCGUCGCCGCCGCCGCCGCAGCACUACACGUUCGCGUCCCCCGAGGCGCUGCUUGAGUUCGUCACCAAGCGCUGGCGCAGCCGCUUCGUCACGACCGACAUCCCCACCGAGGCGGUCCUCGACGUCUUCGUCCGGCGGCCCUUCUUCCUGCUGCUGUCCGUGGACGCGCCCCUGACGGUCCGCUACCGGCGCUUCCAGCGGCGCGCGCUGCGGCCGGGCGACGCCGACGCGGGGCUCGACGAGUUCGUCGCGCGCAGCGACGCGCACCUGUACGACGCGCACGAGGGCUUCCAGCCGCUCAUCUCGCGCGCCUCGGUGCGGCUGCUCAACACGUCGAGCUCGCUGGCGCACCUGUACGCGACGCUCGGCAAGCUCGACAUCCCGAACCCGGACCGCCUCCGGCCCGGCUGGGACACGUACUUCAUGGCCCUCGCGUCGCUCGCCGCCCAGCGCUCCAACUGCAUGAAGCGCCGCGUCGGGUGCGUCCUCGUCGGCCGCGAGCGCCGCGUCAUCAGCACCGGCUACAACGGCACCCCGCGCGGCAUCCGCAACUGCGCCGACGGCGGCUGCCCGCGCUGCAACGACGGCAGCGGCUCCGGCGUCGGCCUCGCCACGUGCCUGUGCAUUCACGCCGAGGAGAACGCCCUGCUCGAGGCCGGCCGCGAGCGAAUCAGGGACGGCGCCGUGCUCUACUGCGACACGUGUCCGUGCCUGACCUGCAGCAUCAAGAUCUGCCAGGUCGGCAUCAGCGAGGUCGUCUACGCGCAGGGGUACAGCAUGGACAGGGAGACGGCCGCUGUCUUCAGCCAGGCGGGCGUCAAGCUGCGGCAGUUCAUCCCGGUCCGCCCAAUGGGCUGA